UGGAGUGGGAGGGUUAAACAUGGUUGCCACUGUUACCUCAAAUCUGUGUCGAUAUCGAAGUUUCUCCUCUUUAUAUCCAAUGUUUCCAUUAAAAAACCUCCGUAAAUUAGCAUGUUUGUUUGCCGUCGCUUGUGUGUUACUGGGCCGGUCGCUGGCAGACGAGCAGGACUUUAUGGAGGACUUUUUGAAGCGGGAAUAUUCUCUGGCAAAGCCUUAUCGCGGGUUGGGUUUCUCUAGUUCUUCACAAUGGGAUCUAAUGGGCACCGCUGUGGUCACACCUGACCAUGUGAGGCUGACCCCAGACGUGCAGAGCAGACAAGGAGCAGUGUGGAGCCGUGUUCCUCUCUACCUGCAGGAUUGGGAGCUCAAGGUGCACUUUAAGAUCCACGGCCAGGGGAAGAAGAAUUUGAAUGGGGAUGGUCUCGGCAUCUGGUUGACCAAAGAACGCAUGCAGAAUGGUCCCGUGUUUGGCAACAUGAACCAGUUCACUGGACUGGGAAUCUUCGUGGACACCUACCCCAACGCUGACAAGAACCACGAUAGGGGGUUCCCGUUCAUCUCAAUGAUGCUGGGGAACGGGACCCUGUCGUACAACCACGAUUACGACGGGCGGACCACCGAGCUCGGAGGCUGCACGGCCAUGGCACGCAACGCAGCCUACGACACCUUUCUCCUCGUCAGAUACUCCAAAAAAAGACUGACGCUCAUGGUGAAUGUAGACGGUAAGCAGGAGUGGAAAGACUGCGCUGACAUCACAGGACUGCGCUUGCCUAUAGGAUACUUCCUGGGUGCCUCGUCGGCCACUGGAGACCUGUCAGAUAACCACGACAUCAUCUCCAUGAAGUUGUACCAACUGAAAGUAGACAAGAGUCCAGAGGAGGAGGAAGAAGAGGAAGUCCUCAUCCCCAGUGUUGACAACAUGGAACAGUUUCAAGUGGAAGUCCAGGAAGAGGGGAUGAGCGGGCUCCAGUUCUUCUUCACCCUCCUCUUCUCCAUCCUGGGCCUGGGCGUGCUGGCGGUGAUCGGGUUGAUCGUUUACGGUCGCUGGAAGGAAAACAGACGCAAACGUUUCUAUUGAUAAAACAAAAAGAAAAGAACAAUUAAGACCACAAAGGUUUUUUGUUUUUUUUUCUGUGUUUCUU